UGCAGACGACACGGAGGCCGCCGACGCCGCCCGCUCUCCUCUCUCCCUCCCUCCCUGGCAGCACCACGGUCUCCCAGGUGAGAGACAACACCUUCCUGCAGGAGACACUGUCGACAGUGUCUAGACCCGAUAGCUAUGUCAAAUUCUUUAAGCUCAUUCCUGGUUCGAGGAUCAAGCCAAACAGCAGUACCAUAUGAAGGGGAGACGUCAGGGUCGUCAAUGGCAGUGGGAGGUUUCUUGACCGAGUUAACAACAAACUCGCAUGUCUCUUCAUCCUUCCUGGCACGAUCUUCACAAACUGCAGAUGCAGCAUUUCUAAGCAGCCAACCAGGAACCUCAGAGACGUUUCUGAGCCUUUCCGAAGCCUCGGAAACGGCUGAAACAUUUCUGUCUGGUGCAGAUGAAGAUGUAGGUGGUGCUGAAGAGGUUUUGUUAAGCAGAAAUGAGGGAGAAAAUGAAGAUGUGGCACAAGGCCCAAUGCUGUACCUGGUUCCUGCUACUGGUCUUCAUGUGUUGGUUCAUCACCUCCCUCACUCUACCCAGGAGACAGUAGGGCCUCAGUUGCAAGGGGAUGACAGCUCUCAUGAACAAUUUGUGGUGGUGGGUGCACUGCAAUCUGAAGAAGAGCAAGUUAUAGUGGAAAGACCACAUGAUGAACAUUCCUCAGGAAACACCUGCCAUGUUUCAGUUGAAAAUCUGUUAACAUCUCGUAUAGCUACAUCUGGGAAUACAUCUACGACAGAACAUACUACUAAUCAAAUAUUUGACUCUCGGUUGGAAUCAUCACUUUGUCUUAAUACUGGAGUAGGUGCAUCACACACCUCAAAUGCUAGUCAUCAGGCCAAGAGAAGUGGGAAUUCUAUCUUAAAUCUUCAUACUAUUGGUGGAACUACAGAGGAUCAAAGAGGAAGUUCCUCAUUAAUUGAUUGUUCUGGGGCCCCUAUGCUUACCCUGCAAGUGCCAGAUGAAAAUGGUGAAGUAACUACAGGUGAAAUAAGAAGAGAUCUGCUUGGUAUUGAAUCUGUGCCACAUAUUAAUCUGGAGGAGAUAAUUGAGAAGUUUACAGGGGGUAGUAAUCACCACCAUGAAGUCAUUGAUCAUGCAGAAUCAAUUAAUAUUGAGACUACUACUCUCCCUACUUCAGAAGCUACCACAAGUGCAGAUGUAACUAAUAUCACUGUUUUCAAAGAGGAAUCGCUGCCACAAGAUAGGAAGACACGUUUGAAACCCCACAUUCGUAUUGCAUCUGAGCCUUCCAUCCAAAGCAGAUAUUCAGUUAAGCCACUUACAAGCCUGACUGGCAGAUCAAAUCCGAGAUCCAACAUAACUGUGAAACUCCAUAAUGAUCAUGAACUGCCUUUUGAUCAGAUUAAAAUCAAAUCUGAAUUAAGUGAGCCUAUGGAUAUUGAUGAAGAAAGUCUGUACGAUAUUGUGAUGACAUAUAGAUGCAAGUUAUGCUCGGAAGUUUUUAUUGAGAAAUCUGAACUCUUGCUUCACUAUCAAGAUAUUCACAAGCCUGGAGGAGUUGUAAAAAUCCGUGUAACAACUUCAAACAACAAUGGUCGGUCAUUACAUCCAACUGCCUGCAAGUUGUCUUCCAAAAAGUCAUUUUUUGGUACACCAGCAAAUAAUAUUAUCCUCAAGGGAGGAAGUAACAACAGGAGAGAAGCACCUAAGGAGCUGAACAUACUGUCAUGUGGAUUCUGUUUAGAAAACUUUGUAGGACUUCAUCAGUAUCAAGAGCACAUUAAUAAGGAACACCCUAAAGAAUCUGAGAAGAGAUCAAGGAAGGGAAACCAUCGCCACCGUCAUUUACAAGAACAGACUAAAUAUCCUCCUCAGCCUGGCAUUCUCAUUAGCCAUCGAAAAUCUCGCAUAUGCAAUCAGGAAGAAACAGAAGCUAACAAAUCGGAGAGUUCUGAGACCAGUAAGCGCCGUAUUCGAGCUCCCAAAAAUAUGCAGGAUCAGUAUUGGCUUCAAAAGCAGAGGCCCAAACCUGUAUUUUCAAAGGAAGUUGAAAAAAAUUUAAAGUGUCCAAUACAAACAUGCAAAUACAAAUUUUCAAGUGAAGACAACCUGUAUCAGCACCACAAAUGUCAUGGACAAGCAGGUAGUGGUGAGGAGAGAGUCUUCACUUGUCAUCGGUGUUUCCUCAAGUAUGAUAAGUGGGCAAUAUGUCAGUUACACCUGUGGAAAGCUCAUGGAGUAGACAUAGACCUCCUCACAUGUGGAAUUUGUCAUACAUACAAGACUUGCACACAACAGAAACUAGUUAUUCACCAAAAGACUCAUUCAGAUGCUCGAGACCACAUAUGUAAGGUAUGUGGAAAAGGUUUUAGACAACUGGCACAAUUGCUCAACCAUCAAGUUCUCCACAUAGCCAGUUCCAAGAACCUCCCUACCUGGGCACAGAAAGGGUAUUGCAGUGAAUGUAAGAGAUGGUUUGGGGACAAGAAGCUCUUGAAGCAUCACAUUAGUGCUGUACAUUUGAAAUUGAAACCUCAUGCAUGUCCGCAUUGCUCAUAUAAAUGUUCAAGAAAGUUUGAUUUAAAAGUUCAUCAAAGGAAGCAUACCGGUGAGCGGCCACAUAAAUGUGAGCUGUGCGGUUGGCAGUGUCGAGACCACAAUGCAUUAAGAAGACACAAACUUAUUCACCUUCACUUAAAGCCAUUGAAAUGUCCACAUGCAUAUUGUUUGUUUGAGAGCUGUCAUACUGCAUACUUCAAGAGGCAUGUUACAAAAAAACAUCCAAAAGCAGAGGCCAUAUACAAAUGUCAGAUAUGUUCAAUGGAAUCCCCAAAUUUGCAAGAAUAUAUAACACAUUCUACAAAUCAUGAGAAGCAGUUGGUUAAGGAAGCCUUUAAGAAAAGGAGUGAAUCUUCAGAUGUUAAAAUUAAUACUGAAAAUACAGAUGCACAAAAGGACAAGCUAGAGUCUACAGAAACGACAGUCAUUAAAAUUGAUAAACAUAAGAAUGCUGAAGAUUGCAGCACAAUUCAAGAUGGAUCAGAUUCAUUUGUGUUUGAUUCUGUAAAUACCUCUGUUAGUAACUUUGAUUCCCUUAAUACCUCUGGUAGCAACUUUGAUUCUGUUAAUACCUCUGUAAGCAACUUUGAUUCUGUUAAUUUGAGUAGCAACCAUAAUACUCAAGUAAUAACUAUAAACUUAGGCAAUGUGGGGGAACCAGAUACCACAGUGUCAAAUUGUGUCACUUCUCGUAAUGAAAAAGAUCUGUUGUCCCUUAAAGAGCCAAUACAUUUCAAGCAUGAAAUUAAAAUGGAACAAGAUGUGAAUGUAACUGCUUCAAUUUUAAACCUCAGUAUUCCUGAAGAAGGAAUCAUAGAUGUUGCUGCCGCUGAAGAGAAAGCCAUAGAUAAUGUGGGAGGAGACGAGGCUUUAAUGACUCUACCACAAGUUGUGGUGUCACAAGAUGGUCAUCAGUAUAUUAUUGGAAUUUCUUCAGGUGAGAUGAGCACCAGUCAGAAUAGUAUCUUUACUAUACAGCAAGCAGGACAUUAGUAGAUCUAAGGGAACAGUCUCAUAAAUGCAAAAUUUGCAUUUCAGUUAACCUAUUCAGUUAAAUUUUUGAUGAACUGACAUGUAAAUCACUUAAGAGCAGGGCAACUAUGCAAGAUUUUCUUAAGUGCUGUCAACCUUUUUCGUUCGAGAGAGAAAUAAAGGUUUCGCUAAAUAUUCCUUCCCUGACAUUACAGAACAUUACACAUGUAAGGUUUAAUCCAUUAUUAUGGUAAUUCAGUGGUGUCUGCCAUAUUAUAAGUACUCUACAAGUGAACAGCUUUUAAUUAUUACUGCCACUUUGUGAUAUCUCUUGUUAAUUGUGUGCAGCUAUUAUAUACAGGUAUUUAUACUGUAUUUUAUUGUGGAAAAUGCCUGAACUGCAGUUGUUCUUUGGCAUUAAAGGGAACAUUAGUACCCCUAAUCAGCCUUGUGACAUAUUAUACCAAGUAAUUUGAGGUAUUUAUAAUCAGGUUUCCUAGUAUGGAAUAUCUUAUGUUUUUUUUUUUAAUUUCCAUGAGUAUCUUGAGAGCUUCUGCAACGACAUGAAACUUAAAAUGCUUGCGAGUAGAAUAUAUAGGGCCCGUAAUGAAAUUGGACAGCAGAAUGUAGUCUUGUGGAUUAAGUUUUUAAAACCAAUUUAAAGCUAUCCUUGAGUGGCGUUAUGUCUCCAUAAUGUUAUAUUGGAGACUGAGAUCUUGGCAUACACCCCAAUGCCAAGGAAUGUACUCAAUGGUCUCGCAUUGAGUUGAAACUGAAAUUUUGCUACAGCUAACAUUAUCUUAGUUUAAAAGUAUCUUGAAGAGGCUAAUAAUAUUCACUUUGAAUUUGCUGUGGAUGCCUGAGAUGAUUACAUUAUACCAUAUACAGUAUAAAGUUUCAUCAUCAGAUAUUUUAUUUCUUUAGGAUGAUAUUGUGCAGUACAGGUGUUUGGUUAUCUCAAUAUAUCAAGUUUUUUUAAUUGGUAUGCAUUUUACAUUGUAUCAUCUGACAUUGGCAUUUUGAGUCUUUUUAGUCGAUUGAUAAAAAUAUAUAAUUACAGGAAUUAUAUUUAAUAAAUAUACAGUAUAUUAGAAAUUGUUAUAUUCUAGGUUACUGUCUCGACAAUGCUUCAACAAUAUCAUUUAAAUUUGUUGUUACUUAUUCCUUGAGUGUAAUGUCUUACACUUGAAAUCUUGAAGAAUGAAUUGUAUAUACAGGUAUUAUAGAUGGCAUUAAUAAUACUUUUCUGUAAAUCAAGUUUAAAUAUAAUUAUUUUAAUAUUAAAAUAUAGUUCCCAGUCUUGUUUGCAUAAUUCCCUGACCACCUGUCAUUAGAAAUAUUUUAUAUGAUGGUGGUUGGCAACUUCAGUAUGACCAGUUCUUUCUCCAAUUCCAUACUAACCAGGAUCAGUUGGUAUCGGCCGUUCCCAUCUCAAAGCAUGGCUGCUUUGAGAGGGAGUGUGUGCUCGCUCUUAACCCUUAACAGUCAUAUCUGUAUGUAACUGAUUGAAUUUGGGAACAUGUGACUGAAUUAUUUGUGUAUGUUCAUAAUAUUUUGAGAAGCUGUGUCAUUUAGAAUAGCACUCUUUUUUUUUUAUUCUCGGGACUUUAAUAUUUUUUUUGUAUUGUACUCUUUAUUCAAGAUUAGACACAUUUGGUAUGUGACACAAUUUUGUUAACAUUAUGAAAAUGGUGUGUGUGGGAGGGGUUAGGCAUUCUGAUGAAGAAGAGAGGUAACAAGGCAAUGUUAGUCAUUAAUUUUAUAAUGUUUUGAAGAUUAUUUUAUCUAAUAUAAAGGUACAUGAUCGCCACUUUAAGCUCAGCACAUCCCAGGCAGGGUGAGACGUAUAGGCAAGUUUCCUUAUACACAUUUCCUCUGUUCACCUAGCAGUGAUUAGGAACCUGGGUGUUAGUCGACUGUUGUGGGUUGCAUCCUGGGGCAUGAUCAAAUGCUGCAUAUAUCCCAGGUAUACUCGAAUUUCCCACAAACACCGCAAGACACAGCACGAGGAAAAUAGCCUGAAGGCUACACAUGAAAUAUGCCGCAAGGCAAAGAAACUUAAGAGCCACAAGGCCACUGCAACGAGUGGGCCAGAUGGUCCCAGAGUCCAAAAAAAAGGGUUCAUGCCCAAACAAGGUAACUACUACUACAUUCGAACAAAUCCACAAGGGCUCUGACGAGGAUUCAAUCCUGCGUCUGGGAGCAUCCCAGACACUGCCUUAAUCGACUGAGCUAGGCAGUGUCUGGGAUGCUCCCGGACGCAGGUACGAAUCCUCGUCACGGUCCUUGUGGAUUUGUUCAUUUGAUGCAUCACGUUAGUGUGAUUUCUGUGUGUACUACUACAUUCAUUUACCAUUGACAGGGAUCAGUGUAUAAAAUGCCUAGAGUUGCUUUGCAUGUGUUGAAUACAUUAUUCAAACAAAUGUUUUCGUGUGUACGUUCAGGUAUUUGUGGAAAAUUUUAGUUUAAAUGCACAAAAUAUGUAAUGUUGGCAAUUAAAUUGGGUAAGAUUGUUGGUUACCUACCUAGGAAUUGUUUGGAAAACAAUGUACAUUAUGUAGGUUGUUGUCUUAUUUCGUAAGAAAAUGUAUUGUGCAUUAAACUUGGAUUCUCAAUUGAAGUUCAUGCCCUCUAAUUUUUAUAAGAUUUGUUAAUAAUACUGUCCAUAUAGUACUGUACCUACAAAGCACUAUAAGUUUGCAUUUCUCUGUAGCACUGAUUGUUGAAUUUUGAAUACAUUGUCAUACAUAAUAGAAAGAGCUAAUUAUGAGCAACUGUGAUAGUUUAAAUAUACUAUAUUGUAUACAUAGAUUUGUUAAUUUUAUAAUGAUUCCUUACAUGCAUAAUGCAUUAAACUAAUAUAUUAAAAAUA